AUGACGAAACUUUUUGCGAUGAAGAAAAGUAAAAAGAUUAAGGAAAAGAGUUCUAUUAACAAAAAGGAACUAAGGGAAAAAAAAAAAAAAAAAAAAAAAAUCUUGAAGCAGAGGGAUGAAAAUAUGAAUAAUGUAAAUAAUAGCAGUACUGGCAGUGGUAAUCAUGCUUCAAAUAAUGGUGAAAAAAAAAAAAGAAAGCAGCUAAUAGUAAAAAAAAUUAAGAAGAAAGGCAAGAUUAACCCUGAAACAACAGGAGGAACAUUUCUUUUUGAAAAAAAAGAAAAAAGAAAAAAUAAUACAAUGAAGCAAAAUAUGAAAAGAGUUGAUAAUACUAUAUUAGAUAAAAAAUGCAAGAACAUUAUGAAUGAUGAAAAUUUAUCAAAAUCCAAAAAAAAAAAACUAAUAAAAGAAUGUAAAAAAAAAGUAGUAAUAGAAAAUUAUGAUUAUUAUAAAAAGUUGAGAUUAUAUUUUAAUGAACUAUUACAAGCAAAAGAUAAAGCUGAAAAAAAGAAGCGAAUAACUAUUAUUUGGAAUGAAUUAAAAAAAGUUGAACUUAUCAAAUUUGCUCGUACGAAUCUUGGUUAUCAUGUAAUGUCCUCUUUAAUUAUAAAUGCAGAAGAAGAAGAUCAAAAUAAAUUAUGGGAAGGUCUAUUUCCACACUUCAACAAUAUUGGUACAUGCAAUUUUGUUUCGCUUAUAUUUCAAUGUUUUUACAAACAUGCAAAAAGUGAAAAGAUAAAGAAUGAUAUUUUCUUGUGGUUAUUAAACCAUUCGAAAUUGUUUCUAACAAAAUUUGCUUCAAGAUUAUGGCACACAGUUUUUAAAAAGUUAAAAACAGCCAUGAGGAUAAAAAUGAUUAACUUUUUACUUAUUCCAAACAUUAAUGAUAUAAAGAAUAUUUCACCUGAGAUUUUAAAAAAGGCUCCGAGUGAAAUGAUUAAAACAUUUAAUGAAGAAAAUAAAAUGUCGAUUAAAAAAUAUUUGAUGGAAACUAUUGAAAAUAUUGUAGAAAAAGAACUACUAUAUAAUAUUGUUUCUCAUAAUAUCCUCCUAGCUGCAUGUGAAAUAUUAAACGAAGAAGAGUUAAUUAAUGUAAUGGAAAUAAUACAUGAAGGAUGUGAAUAUUUAAUAUCAACAAAUAUUGGUAACAAAGCCUUAAUAUAUUUACUAGGGUACAGUACUAGUAAACAUAAAAAAAAUUUAAUAAAAUUAUUAAAAAACAAUAUAGUAGAUUUGUGUAAAAAUAGUGUAAACUUCUUGCUAGUUAUUAGGCUUUUAAAAAUUACGGAUGAUACCAAAAUUUUGAAUGAUAUGAUAGUUCAAAAAAUUGUAAGUGAUUUUGAAAACUUAUUAAAUGAUUACUAUGGUUUUUAUGUUAUUUUAGAAUUUUUUUAUGACAUAAAUGAACAUAAUGAAGAUAAAUAUUUUAAUGUUACAUGGAAAAAUAUGAUAUAUUCCAAGGCAGUGAAAAGUGUCAAAGAUGGGUUCAAAAGAAAAAGUGAAAUUAUACAGCCCAUUAUUGAACAAUUACUAAUUGUAUUCCUAGAUAAAAAUAAAUUAAAUAAAUAUUUAAAGGAUAAAAGAUAUAUUUUUAUUAUUUAUGAAUUUUUAUCAUACACUCAAAAUGAACAAGUGCUAAAAAAUUUAUUGUUCUUUAUAGAACAAAUUAUAUAUUUAUAUAAAAAUGAGGCUAAUAUAAAUGAAAUGUAUAAUUGCAAACAUAUUAAUGACUUGUUCAGGAGGUUUUUCACCUCCUCCAGAAGUUAUAAUCUAUUAAGUAAAAUGUUGGAUGGCUGUACAUUUUAUGAAAAGUUAUGUAACAUAUUUCUUCUUGACAUAGAAAUUGUUUUGAAAUCCGAGUUAAUUAAAACUUUUAACAACUUAUUUAUAUUUGUAAAACAAAAGGACAUUAACAUGUAUGAAAAAUUUUUAACAUGUACAGGUCAGGUAAAUAAUAGAGAAAUUUACAACGAAUUAAAACAGACAACUCCAAAAUUAACGUAUUUUAAUAAGUAUCUUGAACUAAUUAAUGUAGAUAUCAAUAUGGAAAAGGAAUAA